AUGCCCUCUCCUCCAGUCGAGAUGGAAGCAGCACCCGAGAAGUCUGAGCAGGAGGGCGUCUUCUUAACGCGGGUUGCAGAUUUCUUGCCCCAGCGGAAGGUGGCGAGGACUGGGAAUCCGAAGACUCCAGACGGCUUCGUCGCUUCUUGGCUCUCUUUGUUCACCGGGCGCUUCCUGGUGUUGAACGACAACAUCAUCAUGGAGGAUAAGGGUGUGUCCACCGCAGCCAGAGACAACUUGGUCAACGAAUGCACCAACAUGGGUCUGAUCAGCGCCCUGCUGAUGACUGUUGUGGUACCCAUGGCCUAUGACAACGUGGACGACUGGUUGGAGGAGGACUAUGCUGGAAGCGGUUUCGCCUUUCAAGAUAGCUGGAUCGGGCAGCAGCUGAGUGAAAGUGCCUUGCAAGAGGCAGUGACUGGCUUCCAUGACAUGAGCCUCAUAUGCUACUUCGUGGGCUCCGUUGGCUACCUUUGCUCGACCAUCGUCACGGUGAUCCUCUUGCUGUGCAUCGGGGAGAUCGAGUCCGAUGCCGGGUCCGUCGAGUUCCUCCGGCGCGUUGGCAGCGGCACCCGCGUCCCGUAUUUGUUCUGGUGGAAUGGCGUUGUUUUUGUAAUCCCCGCUGUGAUCCGGUAUGUUUGCUCCUGCAAGACCCUUGGUGGACUCAUCACUCUGAUCCUUUGCAUCCUGAUACUGGCCGCCUUGAUCUUGCUGUCCCUAAAUCACUAUGUGCGUUGUUGCAUGAGCACGCACAACUGCAUCAACGAGUACGAGGACCUGCAUCUCUCACAGAGUGAAGCAGAAGAGGAUGUGAGCACCUGGUUCAAGCACAACAAGGGAGGUGGCUUGGAGGAUUGCUUGCAGGAUAUGGCCGUCCGCCAUGGCAAGCUCGUCAUCUGCUUGGAUCGGAUUUCUCAGCAGCAUGUGGCGAUGUACUUCCACAAAAGGCAGGCUGAGAGUGUGGGAAUUCCGCUGACGCCAGCCGAGCUCUACCGAGUGUAUCGUUUGCAAGGUGUCCGAAGCAUCACCUGCGAACGUGUGAUUUAUUUCCUGCCGUCGUGGGGAUCCCAAGAUGCGAGCGAAAGGGAGCGAUCGCAGGCCUUUGGUUUCAUCUUGUGGUUACGCAUGGGACCGGUGCCACGGCAAGCAGCCUACACAGCUGGCCUGAAAAUGCUGUCCGAACAAGCAGAGGCGUCCAGUGCUCAUCGGGUCCAUAGAAUGCCCUCGCCUCCAGUCGAGAUGGAAGCAGCACCUGAGAAGUGCGAGCAGGAGGGCGUCUUCUUAACGCGGGUUGCAGAUUUCUUGCCCCAGCGGAAGGUGGCGAGGACUGGGAAUCCGAAGACUCCAGACGGCUUCGCCGCUUCUUGGCUCUCUUUGCUGAGUGGACGCUUCCUGGUGUUGAGCGACAACAUCGUCACGGAGGAUAAGGGUUUGUCCACCGCAGCCAAAGACAACUUGGUGAAUGAAUGCACCAACAUGGGUCUGAUCAGCGCCCUGAUGAUGACCAUUGUGGUACCCAUGGCCUUUGAGAACGUGGACGACUGGUUGGAGGAGGACUACGCUGGAAGCGGUUUUGCCUUCCAAGAUAGCUGGAUCGGGCAGCAGCUGAGCGAAAGUGCCUUGCAAGAGGCAGUGACAGGCCUACACGACAUGAGCCUCAUAUGCUAUUUCGUGGGCUCCGUUGGCUACCUUUGCUCGACCAUCGUCACGGUGAUCCUCUUGCUUUGCGUCGGGGAGAUCGAAUCCGAUGCCGGGUCCAUCGAGUUCCUCCGGCGCGUUGGCAGUGGCACGCGCGUUCCGUAUUUGUUCUGGUGGAAUGGCGCCGUCUUCGUCUUCCCCACUGUGGUGCGAUAUGUGGGCUCCUGCAAGACCCUUGCAGGACUUAUCGUUCUGAUCCUUUGCAUCGUGGUACCGGCGGUCCUGAUCCUGCUGUCCCUACAUCACUAUGUGCGUUGUUGCAUGAGCACGCACAACUGCAUCAACGAGUACGAGGACCUGCAUCUCUCACAGAGUGAAGCAGAAGAGGAUGUGAACACCUGGUUCAAGCACAACAAGGGAGGUGGCUUGGAGGAUUGCUUGCAGGAUAUGGCCGCCCGCCAUGGCAAGCUCGUCAUCUGCUUGGAUCGGAUUUCUCAGCAGCAUGUGGCGAUGUACUUCCACAAGAAACAGGCUGAGAGUGUGGGAAUUCCGCUGACGCCAGCCGAGCUUUACCGAGUCUCAUACAUGUAA